AUGCCAACGAUAUCAAACUUCUACAGCAUGAAAGAUGCAUCCAAGCACAGCACCAAAGACGAUUGCUGGAUCGUUGUCAAUGGAAAGGUAUAUGAUGUAACACAAUAUUUGGAUGAUCAUCCUGGUGGAGAUGACGUAAUCCUUGCCGCAACUGGGAGAGAUGCAACAGAUGAUUUUGAAGAUGCCGGACACAGCAAAAGCGCGAGAGAACAAAUGGAGGAGUACUUCAUUGGUGAGCUUGACACAUCGGCGCCAAUUUUCACGGAGAAAAGUUAUCAUGUGAAGCUCAUGCAGUUGGCAAAGCAAUAUUGGGCUGUUCCUGUAGCUGCUGUUGGUAUCUCGGUAGUAAUUGGAUUCUUAUACUUGCGUAAGUAAGAAUCACAGGACUAAAAAUCAAUUCUUUCAUUGUUGCUACUGAAAAUGAAUUAGGGCAACAAAUUUUUUCAUUGCUUGAAGGAUAAGAACUAUAAGAAUACUGCCACAUUUCAAAAUAAUAAUCUACAUUUGAUUAUAUGAAUGACUGAAGAAUUGAUUAACGAAUGGAUUAUCAAACGUUUUUUUUUUUGUAGUUAUUGCAAUUGAUCUGUUGAAGAUUGUUUUUUCUUAGGAAAAAGCAAAGUCCUCUUAAGUUGUGUUAGUUAUGUUAUUUGUGUGCUUUUAUGCUCUGAUGUUCAUAACAAUUGCCAUCUCAAUUUAACGUGUGUAUUUGCCAUC